AUGGCUGCCCAAAACCCUAACUCUCUGAACAUAGACCUCCCUACGGUCCUAAUCCACCGUCUCCCAUCCUUCAACUUCCCUAUUGCAGCCCGCUUAUUCACCCACUUUCACCUCCUCGACCCUAUCACCUCCCCACCCACCUCUCCCGCUCUCUUCCACUCCAUUCGUGCCCUCCUCUGUGUAGGCCCCACACCCGUAACUUCUGACACCCUCAACCACCUCUCUUCUCUACAAAUCGUUGUGGGCACCAGUGCUGGCGUUGAUCACAUUGACCUUGCUGAUUGUCGCCGAAGAAACAUCGCUGUCACCAAUGCCGGCACUGCCUUCUCUGAGGAUGCAGCUGAUUAUGCUGUGGCGCUGUUAAUUGGUGUUUUGAGGAGAGUUUCUGCAAGUGAUCGAUAUGUCAGAGGCGGGUUUUGGCCUGUUAAUGGAGAUUAUCCACUUGGUUUCAAGCUAGGGGCAAAGAGAGUUGGGAUUUUGGGUUUGGGAAGCAUUGGCUCUGAAGUUGCAAAACGGCUAGCUGCCUUCGGGUGUAGCAUUGCUUACUUUUCUAGGAAGAAGAAAGCAUCUGUUUCGUUUCCAUAUUAUGAAAAUGCUAUUGACCUUGCAGCUAAUAGUGACGUUCUCAUUGUUUGUUGUGCACUGACUGAUGAGACACAACAUAUAGUUAGCAAGGAUGUUAUGGUAGCUUUGGGAAAGGAAGGGGUGAUAAUUAAUGUUGGACGUGGACCUCUUGUUGAUGAGAAGCAAUUGGUGGGUUUUUUAGUGCGAGGGGAACUCGGUGGUGCUGGUCUUGAUGUGUUUGAGAAUGAGCCUAAUGUGCCAAAAGAAUUAUGUGAGCUUGAUAACGUUGUGUUGUCGCCACAUUGUGCUGUCUUGACCCCAGAAUCCUUUGAAGCAUUACAGGAUGUAGCAAUUGCCAACUUGAAGGCAUUCUUUUCAAACAGACCUUUAGAUAAGGCAGCAAAUGGAGCUCAUGCACUAGCUCUUCCAGUUCCAUUUAACCUUGGUAGUGGAUAG